AUUUAACUUCUAUGGGAUAAUUUGGAGCCAAUCGACCAUCUAGGAUCUUUCAUUUUUUAAACCACAUAAAGAAUUUCGUUAACUUGUAAAACCAAUCCUGAACUCCAAAUUACUCCGUCAAUCUCUUCACUUUUUAAUGCUGCCAACAAUUUCUAUCAUACCCGAAGCUUGUAUGAAAGUAAUAUUGUCAGAAGUUGUGCCGGAAAGCUUUUGUCCUCUAGUCGUAUCAUCUGCAUUUUUUUUUUAAUGCCAUCUUGAUUUGAUGAUUUUCAAAUACUGGUCGCUAACUGUUCAGAUUGUUCAUUCGUAAGUCUUUACUGCUACGAAAUAAUAGUUGUUCUAAUACUAGUAAUACUACUGUUUGUAGUAAUUGUUAAAGAUAAUAAGUAUAAGAAAAUAUGACUCAGGAAGGAGGUGAUACAAUUUUUGGAAAGAUUAUACGUGGAGAAAUACCUGCCAAUUUUGCUUAUCAAGAUGAAAAGUGUGUGGCCUUCCAUGAUAUUAAUCCACAAGCCCCUGUUCACAUUCUUGUUGUUCCAAAGAAACCAAUUCCUCAACUGGCCAUGGCUGAAGAUGCUGAUGAAGAGCUUCUAGGACAUUUGUUAUUUAUUUCCCAGAAAGUAGCCAAGGAGCAGGGAUUGAACAAUGGAUAUCGUAUAGUAAUUAACAAUGGCCCACAUGGAGGACAGGAAGUUUAUCAUCUUCAUGUACACAUUUUGGGAGGUCGACAAAUGAUUUGGCCUCCAGGUUAAGAAUCUAUAACCAUAUCAUUGAAAUUUUGAUGUUGUUGCUGAAAAAGUGCUGAUUAACAUGUAUAUAUAUAUAUAUAUA